AUGAAGAUUUUUAUCAUCCUCACUCUCUUGGGUGCAGCAGAAGCCAUUUUAGGAGAAUACCAGGACUCAGAGGAAAACUUACCAGAUGAUUUUAACAUUCCUUACAUGGCCUAUUUGCAAUCCAGUCCAGAGCCUUGUGUGGGGACCCUGAUUGACCCCCAAUGGGUGCUUACCGCUGCUCACUGUUCCUUACCAGCUAAAAUCCGACUGGGAGUUUAUCAACCCCACAUCAAAAAUGAAAGAGAACAGACGUACAGUUAUGCGUUGACUGUAGUCCAUCCUAAUUUUGAUGCGAAUUUCCGGAGAAAUGACCUGAUGCUGAUAAAACUCUCUUACCCUGCUACUAUAAACAUGCACGUGGGAACUAUAGCCAUAGCCAUGGAAGCGAUGACAUUUAAUGAAACCUGCUUUAUACCAACAUGGACCUGGAAUAGUUACAAGAACUUCAGUGACCCUGACAUCCUGACGUGGACAAAUCAGUACUCGCUUUCCCCAAAUGACUGCUGGAACGUGCUCCAACAACAGAGACAAGAGACAAGGAUGAACAUCAUGUGCAUAGGACAGUCACCUAAUGUCAUAACUUCAAUUAAGGAGGUCUCUGCUGCUCCAGCCAUCUGCAAUGGGAGGCUUCAUGGAAUAUUGUCCUGGGGGAAAGCAGGCAUAACCAAGGGAAGUGAAGGCUUCUUCACCGAAAUUCAUCCCUAUGCGAGAUGGAUCUUGAAAACGAUGCAUUCCCAUUGAGAAGCCGUAUCGCUCGGGGUAGAAUAAUGCAACCUCUACAAGGAAUUAAAAACUCUUCAAAACCCAAAACAACCCAAUAAAAUGACACCAGAAAUUUA